AUGGCACCAAAACUAGAAGAAUGGGAAAUCAAAAAAUAUUGGGAAAUCUUUAGUGGAUUGAAACCAAUUGAUAAUAAAUUAAAUGGUGAACAAGUUAGUGUUGUUUUAAAAAAUUCUAAAUUAGGUGAUUCAAAUUUAUCUAAAAUCUGGGAUUUAUCAGAUAUUGAUGCAGAUGGAUCUUUAGAUUUUGAAGAAUUUUGUAUAUGUAUGAGAUUGAUUUUUGAUUUGGUUAAUGGUACCAUCUCAUCAUUACCUUCACAAUUACCAGAUUGGUUAGUUCCUUCAAGUAAAGCGCAUUUAAUUCAAGCAAAUAGAGCUUUAUCAGGUCAAGAUCAUCAAACUCUUAGAUAUUCAGACAGUGAAGAUGAUGAUUCUAGCUUAAGUGAUCAAUUUGAUUGGUAUAUUUCACCAAAUGAUAAAUCUAAAUAUGAAGAAAUUUAUUCAAGUGCAAGUGAUAGAUUUGGAAGAAUCACGUAUGAUUCACUAAAUGGUCUUUAUAGUACAUUACCAAAUGUUCCAGCUACUGAUAUAAGUUCUGCUUGGAAUUUAGUCAAUCCUAGAUCAUCAGAAACUAUAGAUAAAGAUCAAACAUUAAUAUUUUUACACAUGUUGAAUCAAAGAUCAACUGGGAAAAGAAUACCAAGAUCUGUACCAAGUUCAUUAAGAGCUACUUUUUCAAAAGAAACACCUGAAUACUCAAUUGAAUCUCAUCAAGCAUCAAUUCAAAAAAGUGGUAACUCAAAACAUUCAUUUGCUGAUAAUUAUUUAGAAAGAAUUGGUGGGUCUGGUUUAUCCAAAAAUACAAAAGGUACUGAUUUUUCAUCAACUGAAGGUACUGAUUGGGAAGAAGUGAGAUUAAAAAGAGAAUUAGCAGAUUUGGAAGAACAAGUUCGUCAAAGAGAAUUGGAAACAGAUUCUAAACAAAAUGAAAGAAUUAAUGUAUUGAAUGGUAAUGGAUCAACAACAAAUAAAACUUUACAAACUAGAAAAGAAUUGGAACAAUUAUUAGAAUAUAAACAAAAACAAUUGAUACAAGAAUCUAAAUCUAAUGCUGAUUUAUCAGAAGUUUCUAAUGAUAUAGAUACAGUGGAAAGUCAAGUUCAAGUUUUAGAACAAUAUUUACAACAAAAGAAGAAUGAAUAUAAUGAAUUACAACAACAAAUUGCUCAAGCGAAAUCAUCAGCUUGA